UGAGACUCCGCAUCGUUCAUUCUCGAACAGGCGUGACAGGUUCACUUCGAUAUCUUCGUCCCUAACACCUCAUCUCUUACUCCGCAGCCAUCCUUGCAAAAUCUUGACAUGGCUGAACCCUCGAAGAAUCCCCUACUCUCCUUGAAACCUUCAGAAAGUGAUCUCACCGUGUCUCUCCAUCCUCUUGUUCUCCUCACCAUAUCGGAUCAAGUCACAAGACAUUCGGUGCGAAAACGGCCAGGUCCAGUAGCGGGUGCGCUUCUUGGACAGCAGAGAGGCAGAGAAAUUACAGUGGAACAUGCUUUUCCUGCGGCAUUGGCGUGGAGUUCAGAAGGACGAUGGCAAUUCAGCUUCGCGUGGAUGGAAACAAGGAUUCAGCAAUAUAUUGCAGUCCAUAAGUCACCCGCGCUUGGGUUCGUCGGCUGGUUCACCCUUUGUCCUCCUGAAGGCCCCCUGCCCGAACAUGUACCCGUCCAGGAACAUGCCAUCAAUUUCUACAAUGACAACGCCAUUCUCCUAGCCUUACACCCCGAAGCAAUCCAGUCAGGUGAAACUGGGGGAGGGAAACUGCCCAUCACGAUUUACGAGAGCGUCGACGACCGAGAACUACCCAAGGAUGAUGCGUCGAUGCAGAUUGACGCAGAAGAGACAUCCAUCACCAAGUUCCGCCAACUACCAUACACGAUUGAGACAGACGAGACGGAGAUGAUUGCUAUAGAUUAUGUCGCUAAAGGAGCAGGCGGCGCAACGGCAGUCGAACAUACACCAUCCCGGGAGCCAGCCUCAAGACCCGCAGAAGUACUGCCAAUAGACAAGAAGGGCAAAAAGCGAGCAGAUCCAAGCUCAGAGACUCCCGACAAACAAGAAACAAAUGGCGCAGAGGAACCACUGAAGGCUCUCAGUCCGGAAGAGGAAGACCAAAUCGCUGGUAUAACGACCCGGCUCAACGGCGUAAAGAUGCUGCGGUCGCGUGUUGAGCUCUUGAGAACCUUUAUUCAGUCCCUUCCGCCCUCGUAUAUCGCUGCCUCAAGCACUGACAACGGAGCUAUUCCACUGACGCCGACAAACCCGGACCCAUCCCAUCUCCCUCACUUACGCAACAUUCAAGCCCUGCUCACCCGCCUCUCGCUCCUCACCCCUCCCACAGAAUCUCCGCAACAGAAUCCUUUAGCAUCCGCCUCUCUCGCGCAGUCCAACGAUGUUUCACUCGUCAGCCUUCUCGCCCUACUUGGCCAAGACAUUCAGGCACUUUCGGAGCUUGGUCGAAAAGCCGUCACGGUGGAGUCGAAUAAGACUACCUCAAAGGGCAGGCACCACCAGCAAGGAGGACCCAAAGGUGCUGGUGGUGGUGGUGGAGGAGGAGGAGGAGGAGCAGGAAUAGGACCUGGUGGACCAAGCGGCUUUGCGGGCAUGGAGGAAGGCGACGUCCGAUUUUCCGGGAUCGGCGGAGUGAACAAUCCAGGGGCGUCGGCCAUGAUUUAGUCGAUUUGCCAGAGGAGCGUUGGUACAGUGGGAGGGUAAUCUUAUGAAUCGGAGAAAGUCCGGGUGUUCAACAAAUCAGGCAAGGGAUGCCAGCCUGAUUGUACUGCGGUAAUGGGGAAUGAACGAGUAGAUAGAAGCGUCCUUUCGCAAAAAUGCAUAGCGGCGGCGUUGCAGAAACGAGGCAAGGGGGCAAGGCCAACAGCUCUUCUAUUGAGCCAUGUCGGGAGCUGGAGAUGGGCUUGAUCACACUAAACGAACUCGAGCAUGAAAGUCGAAUGAUUGUACCUUGUACGCUGGAUGGAAUAUUGAAAUGCGGAUUAUUCCAGUGAUUGUGCCUUCGGUCUCUCACCGAGCUGUGCGAAAUGAGCACUUGAAUUGAUAGCAGUCAGCCUUAUCAGAAACAGUGUCCAC